AUGUGCGUCACUGACGCAGAAUUACGACGGAAAGUUAAUCGGGUACAGCGGUAACUUCGUCCGCUCGAGAUGUUUAUUUCUUUAUUUUUUUUUAAAUAAAGUAGUUUAGUUUUCUCAGUGACGUCUCAACGGCAAGGCCUUACAGCUGCUGGAAUGAAGAAGUGACCCUUGCUGUGAUGCCUCCAGCCAUGUCUCAGAUUAAUGAUCCAAAGAUUGCCUUCGCUUAUCUGCGCCCAGCCUGCGUCCUGCUCACCAAAGAGCCCACUGUGACCAACGUGGAGUCACUGAGCGAGAAGUUGAAAGACAUCCACGAUGCCUCGCUGCAGCAGCUCCAAGAGUAUGUCCUCUUCCCCUUGCGCUUUGUCCUCAGAAUCCCGGGGCAGAAGAAGGAAAAGCUGGUGCAGAUUGUGGCCGAGGCAGUGACCUACGUUCUGGAGAGGACUUGUGUCCGGAGCUGGGACACGCUGCGUGACGUCUUCUCUGAGCUCUGCGUCUGCCUCUGCUCCCCCAUGAACCCAGGCCAACCCGCAGGUACAUCAGAGGAGCUGAAAUCUGCCGUGCUGCGGUGUCUGGAUGCUCUGCUCCAUGCCGCUUAUGGCGACAUAGUGUUCAGACUGUACGAACCCUCGAUGCUGCCCGGACUGGGUGCUGCUGUGUCGCUGCUGUUGGCUUUAGGAGAAAAGGACAAAUCCAGAGAUAUUCAGACGGCGGCCUUGAAGUGCCUCCAGUCUUUGAUUCUGCAUUGCGACUGCAACCAGGAGCAUGUUGCUCCAGCGUGGGAUGAGCGAUGUUCUGUAGGCAGCACCAUGGCUUCCUUCUUACCUGGGAUCACUUCGGCUGCAGCGAGGAUCAUCACUGGAGAUCUGAGGCAAGGCCAUGCGGUUACUGUCAGGGCCAUCAAGGUGUGGUCCGGUUGUGUGGUUCUGGUCAUGGAGGAUGCCCAGCUGCAGCGCAGUGAGUCCUGCAGCACCAUGUCCUCGGAGCUGGGGGGGAUCGGCCAGCUGGUGGUACAGCGGACGGCGGACUGGGUGAAGGCGACGGCGGGGAAGCUGUAUGUGCUGCUGAGAAGRAUCAUCUCCUGCUGCUCCACCCACCAGCACUGGAGGGUGAGGCUGGAGACGGUGGAGCUGGCCGACCGUCUGCUGGCAGCGUGCGGUCAGUCGCUGAAAGAGUGCCUGGGUCCACUGCUGGAAGCUCUGGUGGGAGUGAUCAAUGACAAAGACCCCAGAGUCAGACAGAGGUGCGAGGUUGCUCUGAGAGACGUAUCCCAGAGGAGUCAAAGCGCCACUAGCAGUAAGAACCUGACUGACGUCCUGUCUGAGAACCUCCACUCGUUAGCCACCUCCCUCCCCCGGCUGAUGAGGACUGGCGACGACCAGAAGAAGCUGUUUGUCCUCAACGUGUUCCUUGGUUACCUGAAAGUCCUGGGACCACUUCUCUCUGUGGUGCUAAACUCUGCUGCACAUCUGGACAGGAUCUCUAAAGCGUUAAUGCAGAUACUGGAGCUGGAUGUGAUGGAUGUUCGUAUUGUGGAGGAGCGGAGCUCCACUGAUCCCUUAGAGAGCAGCUCCAGCUCACACCACUCCUGCAGCGCUCACACUCAGAGGAAGCACUUCCUGUUCUUCACCGACGACAAGAUCUACUGUGUGCUCAUGGAAAUCUGCCGAACAUUAGGUUACUACGGCAACAUCUACCUUCUCACCGACCACCUAUUGGAUUUGUAUCGUCAAUCCUGUGCGUACAGGAAGCAGGCUGCAAUGGUCCUAAACGAGCUGGUGGGCGGUGCCGCCGGCGUCUCGGUGGCAGCGCCAGCCAGCUGUUUGGACAGUGGGGACUGCCCGGCUCCCUCUGCCUCCAAGGAAGACCUGAAAGCAGCGGUGGUGUCUAUCAUGGAGGAAUACAUCAGCCUGAGCAACUGGCAUCUGAAGACUGUGAGCGAGGAGUCGGACACAGACCGUCAGGACCAGCAGCUGCUGAGUCCUUUCAGUCUCCAGUCCAUCUCCUGCUGUGACAUCAUCAGGAACACUUCAAAUCCUCUUCAUCAAGCAGUUCCUUCUUCAUCCGCCUGCCCUUUGACCUCACCGCCUACAUCCACCAUCCACCAGCUGAAGGGCAACAUCUGGCAGCUGUGCGUCCAGCUGGAGGGCGUGGCCUGCUUCGCCCAGGCGCUGCAGCACGACUUCCGCCCGCUGCUGAUGACGGCGCUCUACCAGCUUCUGGAGAAGGCCAGCGAUGAGUCGCUGCUGGUUAGCCAGGUGGCGCUGGGUGCCAUGACAACAGUUUGCGCAGCCUGUGGUUACGCCUCCCUGAAUGAGAUGAUCAGAGACAACUCAGACUACCUGCUCAACGACGUCUCAGUGAACCUGCAGAGGCUUGGUCAACACCCACAGGCUCCGCGGGUAUUAACGGUGAUGCUGGCUCACUCUGACUGCAGCCUGUUGCCUCUGGUCAGUGACAUCAUACAGGAUGUGCUGAUGGCUCUGGAUCUCAGCUAUGACCAGUCAGCUACUCUGUUUGGCUCUGUGCUGCACGCGCUCAUGAAGGCACUGGCCAGCUGGUUCCCUCCGUCAUGCUGUAGGACCAGUAAGCCUCCCAGUUCUAGGAUUUCUGCUGAACUGGAAGAUUUUGACAUCUGCCAGUUCCUGCUGGAUUACCAAAAGCAGAAGGAGUUGGCAGAGGGCAUUGGGAUUGAAGCGGAUGAGAUGGAGGAUCUUGAGGUGCCGCCUCCUGCAGAGUGUGAGGAAGCUUAUGAUGGACCCGAUGUGAAGGCACAACUCCCACCACACCUCAGUAUCGCUAAAGAUGUCAUGGAGCGCUGCAUCCACCUGCUGUCUGACCCCAGCCUCAGACUCCGGCUCAAGUUAUGAGGCUGAGUGGCGAAACAUGAAACUACUCAGCAGGAUGUUGCUAGGCAACCAAAGUACAAGUGAGUUAGCUGAUGCUACCAACCUAGCGUAUCUAGCUGUGAGAGGCCUUUGCUCUGCCUACAUCCCCCAGAAUGCCAUGUGGUUCUGGAUCUGAGGUCAGUGAAAUUAUUGAACAUUCCUCAUUUUGAAAAUGUUUUUUAAAAGUUCUAAAUUCAUGUAUCUAUAAUUUUGAACUUAACACCCUCACAAAACUUUUGAACUUAACACCCUCACAAAAACAUAAGUUGGCCUUAAAUACGUUAAUUUUGUCACUAGCAGCCUAGGUGAAUUCUUCUACAAAAGCAAUGUUUGGUACUAAGCAGGUGAGGCAGAAGAGAGCCACAUGCAGGAUGAGAAGCACAAAAGCUGCUCCCAAGAGCCACCAACAUACCCCAAACAUUUCACAGUUUUUCCAAUGCUUGAUUGUAAUAUAGCAGAAUCCUUCCUUUAUAUUUUCUUUAUAUUUGUAGUUUUGCAAUCUUAAAUUUUAUUACAUUUAUUUUAUUAAAGUUUAAAAAAGGUCUUAGUCUUAAAUUCGACUUCCUGAAAUCUGCAGAUACGUGUUUAUUGCCCAACUCUAGCUGAAACUCGGCAGACUUUGAUGAACACUCUUAUAGGACGAAAUCAAAAUAAGAUGUCAGAUUUGAGUUUAAUUAUUGCUCUGAAAAUACCACUUCUUGGUCUCUUAAAGCUCGUAUUCAGGGAUAAACCAUACCUAUGCAUGGUCAUAAUAUUUCUGACUGUUGUUUACUGUCCUCCUUCAAAAGGUUCUGGAUGUGCUGGAGCUGUGUGUGCACGUGCUGAGUGAGAGGGAAGACGAGUUGCUGCCCA